GAAAAGAUCGCCGACACCCUGCAUAUCUUACCUAUACCCCCUGCCUCCCCGGUUGCACUAAGAAAUACGAUCCUUCCCUGCACGCCUUCCCUUCAUUAUCACCAUGGGACUAUCCAUCGAUCCACUGAGGGCCCUCGUCCUCCUAUGCCUUCUCAUCAUUACUGGAUACAUGGCCGUUGAGGGCUACUACACCUGGGUCCUUUACAGCGAGUGGAUCUUCGACCUCAACAACCGCGACUAUCUCACAGUCCCAUUCAUGAUCUUCCCCUCCGUUCUCGGUCAUAUGGCCACGAUCUGGGGUCACUACUACAGAGCCGAACGUGAAUUUCAGCACAGCAUUGCUAAAGUGACCACCCCGGUGUCUGUAAAGCAAAAGAUCUCGUUGUGGGAGCAUCACGUCCUGUGGGGCUACACUGUCAAGUUCUGGAUCCUGGCCGGGUUUAUGGUCUUGCUUAACAUUGGCUGGUCCAUCACCGCGAUCGUUCCAUAUGCUAAAGAUGAUUACGCUGAGUAUGGACCUGUUGGCGGACUUGGUCUUGUUAUUGGUCUAGUUGGAGGAUACAAUGCCAUAGCAUGCUGUACGUUCAUCCUCUUCCUAGUCCUGCGCCGAUCAAUGCUCCACUCGCUCGGGUUCACCUACGCGGAAAUCCUGCCCCUUCACCGAUGGCUCGGUGUUGGAAUCCUCGUCUGGUCGAUCAUACACACAAUCGGAUACGUCAUGUACUACAUCUGGGAUAAAAGUCUUGGUGAAGCGAUCAGCUUUGACGACAUUGGCAGGGCGACUAUGAAUCUUAUGGGGGUCAUCGCGUUGAUUGCUCUCCUCGUCCUCGCUUUCUUCUCGAUCCCACAAAUACGGCGCCGGUUCUACACCGCCUUCAUCGGCGUGCAUCGUGUCAUGACCGUGAUCUUCCUCAUCGGCACGAUCACGCACUACCCGUACUUCAUGCUCUGGUACUACCUCCUCCCAAGCGUGAUCCUCUUCCUCGUCGACCGUUUCGUCCCCAAGAUGAUCCAAUCCCGUACCCUCUAUCCAGAGGCCUCUUGCACGCUCAACGUGGAUGCAGACAUUAUCAAGCUGACCCUGACAUCACCUGAGCCCAUGAAGCCAUAUUAUCCCGGUGACUAUAUCUCGGUGCAGGUGCCAGAGCUGGGAACUCUCUACCAUCCGUUUACGAUUGCCAGUUAUUGGCCAGAGGACCCUAGGUCCAUUGUGCUGUUCAUUCGAACAUACCAUACGCCUAAGAGCUGGACGGGCGCAUUGUCUAGACUUUGCGGAACGGAAGACAAGCGCAUCAGGGUCAAGGCCAAUGUUGAGGGUGUUUUUGGUGAUCGACGACAUGACUAUCUCAAGUCUGAAGUUUUGGUCGUCUUUGUCGCCGGUGCCGCUGUUACCACCUUCAUGGCACUUAUCAAGGCCAUUGCCGCGCAGAUCGCUUCGUCAACUGACCCGCUCCGCAUGCAGUUCCAUCUGAUCUGCACCUUCCGCACUCGCAGUGAGCUGCAUGCUUAUGGGUCAUUCCUGCACCAGAUCACUCGCGAUCCUCGCUUUACUUCCUGGCUCCACGUCGAGAUCUAUGUCUCGCGACCGGACAAGCCCAAUGUCUUGAUGGGCGCACAUGCACAUGUCAUCAAGAACGAUAUCCUGGUCCCCGCUCAGUCCGCGACAAAGUCCAAGAAGAAGCGCUUCCAGUCCCUCAGACGUACUGGCACCAAGCUGAAGCGUGCUCUGUCCGGCCGGACGAUUGUCGAGACCUCCGCGAACGACGAGAGGAUGAAGUCCAAGGCCGAGUCGGAAGCUGCCGGCGUGAGCUUCUCGGCCGCAGGCGGCCAUGUGCGUUCAGGUUCUGUGGACACCGCCGUCGAGAACGAGAAGCAGGAGGGCUCGCGAAGAGCGUCCUCGAGCAGCUCUCCCGCGACCCAGUCUUUUGAUGGUCACUCCUCUGUGGACCAUUCCACAUGCCCCUCCCCUGUCGCCUCACCUUCGAGCCCCAUUUCUCCUGAAUCUAGAAAGUCUGUUCAUGACGAGAUCGACGCUCAUGAUCAUAGCACUGCCUUGACCCCAUCCUCACCGACCCGCGCAACUAGCUAUGACGCGAAACGCCUCCCUACGUUCCAUGAUGCGAACUCAAACACUGUCUCGGCGCGCUUUGCUAAACUUGAUUUCACAGUCUCUGCAGUUUUGAUCCUCGUCCCUCUCGCAGUCUGGCUCGCUCUCCGCGCGAUCCAUUAUGAAGGCUCUGCUCACUACUGCGACAUUAUGACGGAUAUGACGCCAACGCAGUACAAGAUCUGCUAUGGCUCCUACUCUUCAGUGCCGGUCUUUGGCCACUAUAUCAUCGCCAGCAUCAUCGGUUAUCUCGCCAUGCAUUACGCCCGCAAGACUUUGCUCCGUUCGUUGACUGCAAGCAAUCUGAGCGAUAUCGAGACAGGAAAGUCACAUAACAAGAACCUGCCGUACCCUACAUUCGAGAUCGAGGACGAGAACUUGAGCGUCGAGGAUGGAAACUGGGAUGAGGGAGAUGUAGUGUACUCGACCGGAAGGAUGAAUGUCAAGAUUGUGAUCGAGAGGUUUAUGGGGGCCGGUGUUGGAGCGGUCGGCAGCGACCGCGCUAUGGUGGCGGUCUUUGGAGGCGGACCCGAGGCGUUUGUAGAGCAUGUGGAACGGCAGAUCAAGAAGUCAAAAUGGGCGGUGGAUUUCCAUCGCGAGACUUGGGCACCAUAGGAUUCUACUUGCUGG